AUGUACUGCUGUGAUGAUGAUGAUGAUGAUGAUGAUGAUGAUGAUGAUGAUGAUGAUGAUGAUGAUGAUGAUGAUGAUGAUGAUGAUGAUGAUGAUGAUGAUGAUGAUGAUGAUGAUGAUGAUGAUGAUGAUGAUGAUGAUGAUGAUGAUGAUGAUGAUGAUGAUGAUGAUGAUGAUGAUGAUGAUGAUGAUGAUGAUGAUGAUGAUGAUGAUGAUGAUGAUGAUGAUGAUGAUGAUGAUGAUGAUGAUGAUGAUGAUGAUGAUGAUGAUGAUGAUGAUGAUGAUGAUGAUGAUGAUGAUGAUGAUGAUGAUGAUGAUGAUGAUGAUGAUGAUGAUGAUGAUGAUGAUGAUGAUGAUGAUGAUGAUGAUGAUGAUGAUGAUGAUGAUGAUGAUGAUGAUGAUGAUGAUGAUGAUGAUGAUGAUGAUGAUGAUGAUGAUGAUGAUGAUGAUGAUGAUGAUGAUGAUGAUGAUGAUGAUGAUGAUGAUGAUGAUGAUGAUGAUGAUGAUUGUUUGAUAGCAAAUCGCUUCGACUUGGACAAAGGUCAUCUUGUAUUUGAAUCGCGCUUCGAAUCGGGCAAUUUGCGAAAGGCGAUACAGGUCAGGCAGUAUGAGUACGAUCUCAUUCUGAGUCCGGAUGUCAAUACAUCGUCUAACCUGCAAUGGUUUUACUUCCGUGUCUCAAACGUCGAAAGUGGCGUCGAUUAUCGGUUCAAUUUGAUCAAUUGCGAAAAACCUGGUAGUCAGUUCACAGCUGGAAUGCAGCCACUUUUGUUCUCAGUACGCGAUGCUUUUGACGGUCGUGCUUACUGGAGACGCGUGGGAAGUCGUUUAAACUAUUACCGCAACCACUUCAUCCGUGCAUCGGAUGGCAAACGUGUGACCGAAGGCAACACGUACUUCACAGUCACCUUCGUGCUCCAAUUCCCGCACACUGGCGAUGUUUGCUACCUGGCCUAUCAUUACCCCUACACAUACACUAGAUUGUUGACCGAUGUGGCUCGUUGGAAGGCUAAAGCAAAUCAAACACGUGGCUCCACCGGAGAUGGCGUCUAUUUCCGUGUUCAAACUUUGACCCACACCAUUUUGGGGAACGCUGUUCCCGUAAUCACCAUUACGGAGAAACCGGAGUGCAACCAGAACUGCACUCUACCUGACGGUACAUCAGCCAGUAACACUGCUACAUGCACAGACAAGGCCGAUGCAUCCAAUCCGACAUUCGACGGUGGUUAUCGCAAACGCCCGUAUAUAUUUCUGACCGCACGCGUCCAUUCCGGCGAGACGAAUUCCAGUUGGGUAAUGCGAGGAUUAUUGGACAGACUAAUUUCAGAUGACCCAGCCAUGUCUACACUACGACAAGCUUUUAUCUUCAAAGUCAUCCCCAUGUUAAACCCUGAUGGGGUGAUUUGUGGAAAUCAUCGAUGCUCCAUGGCCGGAAAAGAUUUGAAUCGCCGAUGGAUCAAUCCCUCCGCGGAUCUUCAUCCGACAAUUUUCCACACGAAAAAGCUGUUGCAGUUGCUUCACGUAUGCGGACGUCAGCCCUACCUAUUCAUCGAUUUUCAUGGGCACUCGCGCAUGAAGAAUAUCUUCCUGUACGGAUGCAGCCCACUGGAAUCUUGGAUAAACCCGGACACGCGCAAUCCAGCCUCCGUUGUUGGACCUGGACUUCAGGAAGACCGCUCUUAUCGUCAUUUGGCCGAGGUGCUUGACACCGUCUCUCCUGCUUUCGCCAAACAUUCUUGCAUGUACGUUGUGAGCAAACCCAAAGAGACCACAGCUCGCGUGGCCGUUUGGCGCGAGUUUGACGUACUACGCUCGUACACCAUAGAGGCGUCGUACUGCGGCACAACGCGUUACCUCGGAUCGCUCUCCGAUGCGAUAGAGUCGAAGGAUGUUCCAGACGGACACCAGCUGAAUCCAGUGCAUUUGCGCGCUUUUGGCGCGCAGUUGUUGGACGCUGUGGCUGCACUUCCAUCUUACGAUGCGCAACAUCCCUGUCUCCCUACUCAAGCAACAGAGACUUCGUCCACUAUGGUACAAGAGACAGUCCCUUGCAUUUCAUCUACCACUCAAGGCAUUGACGCUCGGCUCGAACUCGGGUCGACUGCCAUUGUGGAUGCAAACGACCACAGCGAUUCACUUAGCAGUUCUGUAUCCACUAUAUCCUCUGCUUCAUCCAGCGUCAGCCUGUCGUCAAGCAAGGGCUCCUCGACUAGUUUCCACGAAUGCACCAGCGACUAAUUCUGUUUGGCAACAUUUGGUUCGGUGUAACUCACCUUUACAUUACUCGGGGAAGGACUUUCUUGAUUGACCUACUUUCAAGUCAUUGUAGCUCUCUUAAGUGAUCAGUCCCGUGUGGGCCACAAUCCGCAUUCUCUUUUCUUCUAGUGUGCUUUAUUUUGCCCCCGAACUUGACUGUUUCUCUGAGGAAGCCCAAUUCUUUGUUACCAAACACUCGUCAUCCAUGAGCUGUUCAUCCAAAUUGUGCGACGCUCUGGCGGUUGGUAUCCUCGACUCUCCCAGCUACCGACUGAUGCUUGCAUACGGAGCGCAACCCAGGCCCCACGUACCAAUACAAUGUGCCCGCAUCACCUGAGUUUUCUCUGAUUCGGCGACGAAUGAGUUGUGCAUGCUUGAAUUUAUCGUAUUCUCGGUGCUCAGUUUUAUUGGUUUUCAGAAUUUUACUCCAGUGUAAGUAUGUAUUGCCUUAUGGUGUACAUUGUCUUUUUGACA